ACUUAAACUAAAUCUUUUUCACACUUUCUCAACAGUUUCCUGACAAAAAUGAACAAAGAGUCUGCGCCCUGGCUUGCGCCCCCUCACUGCAACCUUUCUGAUGGCUGUUGUCUUGCUCAAAACUGCACAAGCUUGAAUUCAGAGGUCUCCAUAUGGCCUUCACUCGUCUACUCGCUGAUCUGUGUGGUGGGACUUGCAGGCAACACGGCGGUUAUCUGUGUGAUCGCGAGAACGCCUCGCAUGAGGAGCGUGACCAACGUGUUCAUCCUGAACCUGGCCAUCGCUGAUGACCUGUUUGUGCUGGUGCUGCCUGCCAGCAUUGUCGAGCAUGUGCUGCGCCGCUGGCCCUUUGGUGACCUUGUGUGCAAGGCAGUGCUCUCCAUUGACCACUACAACAUCUUCUCCAGCGUCUACUUCGUGGCGCUGAUGAGCGUGGACCGGUACGCUGUGGUGGCGUCUGCCCUGCACUCGAGGUGUCUGGUGUGGAGAACGCGCCGGCUAGCCUGGAUGCUCAGUGUGUGUGUUUGGGUGCUGGUUGUACUCCUCGUAUUGCCCUUCACCUUCUUUGCGAGUGUCUAUGUAAACCCUGAUGAUGACACACCGAGCUGUGUGCUCACGUUGCCCAGCCCUGAACCCGUCUGGUUCGCUGCCAGCCGCAUCUACUCGCUCGUGCUCAGCUUCUUACUACCUGUGUCCACCAUCUGCAUCCUGUACGGCCUGAUGCUCCACAAGCUGAAGCGUGCUAGUGGUAAAGCGUUAGACAGAGCCAAGAGGAAGAUGACCGUGAUGGUGUCCGUGGUGCUGGCUGUGUGUCUGCUCUGCUGGACCCCCUUCCACCUGAGCACAGUGGUUGCCCUCACCACAGAGCUGCCCGGCACCCCACUUCUGGCAGGGCUCUCAUACUUCAUCACGUGCCUGAGCUACGCCAACUCCUGCCUCAACCCCUUCCUCUACGCCUUCCUGGACGACAGCUUCAGGAGGGAGUUUAGGAAAAUGCUGACCUUCAGGAUGGGAACGAAUUCUUGAGUUUGCUAAAUAUCUCUAAUGCUUUUGUAGCUGAAUUUAAUCAAAUCCUCACAGCAAUGCUCCAAAAUCUAGACAAAAGCCUUCCCCUGAAAAAAAAAAAAAAAAAAAAAAAGCAGGAUAAGCUCUUUUUAAUACCCUUGAUUUUAGACUAAA